AUGAUGGGGACUCAACAUCAACCUUUGGUUGUCAUGGGAUGUCCUUUAGAGUUGGUGAUGAUCCUACACGUCAUGGUGGAUCCAAACCAUAUGAAUGGGCACCAUGAUCUUUUCUAUUUCCUUACCAACGGCCACGCUAGCCUCCUUGCCCAUGUCUGUGGAUAUUGCCAAGAGAUGAGGUGGCAUUCACUUCCUGAGAUGCAGCAUUUAUUUCAGGAAGUGGUGUUGAGCAUGUUGGGUGAGAUUGGUGAUUUUUCAAUAAAAGCUCAUUGUUCUGCUCAACCAACAAAAGUCAAGAUACCAGUUCUGAGUACUUCGUAA